AUGCCGGGCCGGUCGGAGCCGUCGGGGGGACGCGCGGCGGCGGGGCCGGUGGCGGUGCCCGUACCGGUGGCACCCGGGGCGGCGGCGCGGCCGGGCGGCGCGGGGCUGCGGGCCAAGGGCUUCGCCAUCACUGACCUGCUGGGGCUAGAGGCCGAGCUGCAGCCGCCCCCCGGCCCGCCCCCCGCUGCAGCCGCCGGUGGCUACGAGGGCGGCGGAGCUCUGGGGCUGGGGCUGCUGUGCGGCCUGGGGGGGCCGGGCGCCCCGUGCCUGCUGCCCGCCCCGCUGCCGCUGCUGCCCGCCCGCGGCCCACGCCCGCCCCCCGGGCCGCCGCCCGCCGCCCGCCGCCACAAGGAGAACAUCUCCGAUGAGGACAGCCUGUCUGGGGACGCCAGCGACCUGAAGAUGCCCACCUCCCAGAUCAAGAGGAAGAAACGCCGGCACAGGACGGUGUUCACAGCUCACCAGCUGGAGGAGCUGGAGAAGGCUUUCAACGAAGCUCACUACCCCGACGUCUAUGCCCGGGAGAUGCUGGCCGUGAAGACGGAGCUGCCGGAGGACAGGAUACAGGUUUGGUUUCAGAACCGAAGAGCCAAGUGGCGGAAGCGGGAGAAGUGCUGGGGCCGGAGCAGUGUGAUGGCUGAGUACGGCCUCUACGGGGCCAUGGUGAGGCACUCCAUCCCUCUGCCCGAGUCCAUCAUCAACUCCGCCAAGAGCGGGCUGGUGGGAUCCUGCGCCCCGUGGCUGCUGGGCAUGCACAAGAAGUCCAUGGAGGUGAGCAGGAAGGCAGAGAGCCAAGAGAAGCUGGCAGAUGGCUGGCGAGCGGAGCAGGAGGAGGAGGAUCUCAAAGGGAAACAGGCCAGUUCCCAGAGGGGCUCCGACAAGCUUGGCCCUUCAAAAGAUUCGGAGGACACAGCCAUCGACCUCUCCAGGACAGCCAAGCACGAGAAGAGGGGCAUACUGAGGCAGUGCAUCAACGGGGACACCCCCACGGAGCAGAAGGACAGGGACCACUGA